AUGACUGAGUCCAACAAGAUCACGCUGGUGGGGAUGGGAAACCCCUUGCUGGACAUCUCGGCCGAGGUUCCCGACUCGGUGCUGACCAAGUACGGCCUCGAGCCCGCGAACGCCAUCCUCGCCGAGGAGAAGCACAUGCCUCUCUACAAGGAGCUGGUGGACUCCUACGAGGUCCAGUACAUCGCCGGAGGAGCAACCCAGAACAGCAUCCGCGUGGCGCAGUGGAUGCUCCCGGAAGCGGGUUUGACCGGCUUCAUGGGGUCCAUCGGCUCCGACGAGUUUGGCGGCAAGCUGGCGGCCUGCGCCGGCAAGGACGGCGUGGAGGCCCACUACUACAUCGACCAGGCCACCCCGACGGGCACCUGCGCGGUGCUCGUCAACUCCGGGGACCGCUCCCUCGUGGCCAACCUCGCGGCGGCGAACAACUUCGCCCCUGCCCACCUAGAGACGGAGAAGGCCAAGGCCAUGGUGGACUCGGCCAAGUUUUUCUACAUCGCGGGGUUCUUCUUGACGGUGUCUGUGGACUCCAUCCUGGCGAUCGCCAAGCCCGCCGCGGAGAGCGGAAAGGUCCUAGCGAUGAACCUGUCGGCACCGUUCCUGGUGCAGUUCUUCGGGGACCAGAUGGCGGCGGCACUGCCGUACUGUGACUUCGUCUUCGGAAACGAGUCGGAGGCCGCCGCUCUCGGGGAGAAGAAGGGGUGGGGAACGGACGUGGCUACGGUGGCCCUCAAGCUGGCAGCUUUGCCCAAGGCUUCCGGCACACGGGCGCGCAUCGUGGUGUUCACCCAGGGCGCGGAGAGCACGAUCGUUGCUAGCGACGGCGUCACGACCGAGUACAAGGUGGACGUGCUCCCCAAGGACAAGCUCGUGGACACCAACGGGGCGGGUGACGCCUUCGUCGGGGGCUUCCUUUCCCAGCUCAUGAAGAACGAGGACAUGGCCAAGUGCGUGGACGCGGGCCACUGGGCCUCCCGGGUGAUCAUCCAGCGCUCCGGGUGCACCUUCCCCUCCACCUGCGACUACGAGUAGGCGUCGGAGACGUUGGUGACGUUUCCGAUACCGUCGAGUGGAUGCAGGCGAUUUUGUGAUGGUUUUGGCAGAAGGAAGAAGCCAUGCCCGGGUUUCGAUUUAGUCUGUCAAGGUUGAGUGCGAGCCCCCCCUCACUAUAGAAGCAACGGUAAGGGUGCCGUGUGUCUCGCCAAGUUUUGUAGUUGGCAUGUCAGCGGGUUAAAACAGGUUGCCUUGUUUGUUGUGGCCCGAUUCUUGGUAGUCUCCGCUUGGAGAAGAGAAAAAAGGUUGCUCCACCAGAUGCAUGCGCGGUCAAAUAAAUGGCCACAACGGCGGAGGCAAAAGCAACAAAGGAAGUACCCCCCCCCC